AGGCGGCUGCCGAAGAUGGCGGAGGGGCAGGUCCUGGUUCUCGAUGGCCGAGGCCAUCUCCUGGGCCGCCUGGCGACCAUCGUGGCUAAGCAGGUGCUUCUGGGUCGAAAGGUGGUGGUUGUGCGCUGUGAGGGCAUCAACAUUUCUGGCAAUUUCUAUAGAAACAAGUUGAAGUACCUGGCAUUCCUCUGCAAGCGGAUGAACACCAACCCCUCCUGUGGCCCCUACCACUUCCGAGCCCCCAGCCGCAUCUUCUGGCGGACAGUGCGAGGCAUGCUGCCUCACAAGACCAAGAGAGGCCAGGCCGCUCUGGACUGCCCCAAGGUGUUUGAUGGGAUCCUGCCACCCUAUGACAAGAAAAAGUGGAUGGUGGUUCCUGCCACCCUCAAGGCUGUUCGUCUGAAGCCUACACGGAAGUUUGCCUACCUAGGGUGCCUGGCUCAUGAGGUUGGCUGGAAGUACCAGGCAGUAACGGCUACACUUGAGGAGAAGAGAAAGGAGAAGGCCAAGAUCCACUACCGGAAAAAGAAGCAGCUCAUGAGGCUACGGGUCAGGCUUCUAAUAUAG